CACGUGUUUUGUUAAACUGUCAGAACUUUACAAACACAAUACUUUAUGAAUUCAGUUCAGCUGUUUGAAAAAGAUUAAAAUUAGAUCAUUUGAAGAAAAAAUUGUUCUUGUUUUUAUGAGUGAAGUCCGGCUGCAAUUUGAUCGGGACAGUGAUUACAUGAACUUGUGAAUAAAAGUUGUAAAUAUGGGGAAGCUUAACGUUACAAUGUUGAGAUAUUUAAGCAAGGAGGAUUUUCGUGUUCUCACAGCGAUUGAGAUGGGACUGAAGAAUCACGAACUUGUUCCUGCGCCCCUUGCUGCGCAAAUCGCAAAUUUGCGUCAUGGUGGUGUGCAUAAACUUUUGCAAGAUCUUUGCAAACAUCGUUUGCUCAGUUACGAACGGGGAAAGCAUUAUGAUGGAUAUCGUUUAACCAAUUCCGGUUACGAUUAUCUCGCUUUGAAAGUCCUCGCAGCUCGCAAUGUUGUUACAUCUUUCGGCAAUCAAAUUGGUGUGGGAAAAGAGUCCAACAUUUACGUCGUUGCAAAUGAUGAUGGAAAACCGGUCGUUUUGAAGUUACACAGACUUGGUAGAACCUGUUUCCGCAAUAUCAAGGGAAAACGAGAUUACCAUCAGCACAGAAAGUCAUCGUCCUGGCUUUAUUUGUCCAGAAUAUCUGCAACUAGAGAAUUCGCGUAUAUGAAAGCUUUAGAAGAAAGAGGCUUUCCUGUACCGAGACCUAUCGAUUUCAAUCGACAUUGCGUUGUUAUGGAGCUGGUUGAAGGUGGACCUCUAUGUAACGUGCACGAAGUUGAUGAUGUAGAAGCUUUGUAUGACGAGCUAAUGAACUUGAUUGUUAGACUCGGAAAUUAUGGGGUGAUACAUGGCGAUUUUAACGAAUUUAAUAUUAUGAUAACAAACGAGGGAAAGGCCAUCGUUAUUGAUUUUCCGCAAAUGGUUUCAACCGAGCACAUGAAUGCUAAAGUUUAUUUCGAUAGAGAUGUGACCUGCAUUCGAGACUUUUUCAAACGACGCUUUGGUUAUGAAAGUGAGAUGUUUCCCACAUUUGAAGAUUUGAAACGAGAAGACUGUAUGGAUGUCGAAAUUAAAGCAAGUGGACUGACUAGACAAAUGGAAAAGGAUUUAUUAGUUGAAAUGGGAAUGGAUACUGAAGAAGUGGAGGAGGAAGCGGAGGAACAGGAAGGGAGUGAAGAAGAAACUGAAAAAUUCGAAGAUGCCGUUACAACUCAAGAGACUGUAGAUGACAUCGACAUAUUAAGGCAAGAAGUUGACAAAUCAUGUAAAAUAGAUCUGGGUGAAAAUUCUGAAAUCAAGCCUUCCGAUUCCAUUUCCCAUAAAGAUUUCGUCAGUAAUCAUGAGGAGAACGUAUGCGAUAAAACGUUAAUGGAAAGGCUAAUGGAUAGCCUGGAUAAAUUUGAUGAAGGGAAUGCCAGUCAAAUUUAUAAUUCAGAUGAAGAUGAAAUUCCUGAAUUGAUAGAAGGUCCUCGGCUGGCUAAAUCUCAUCAGAUUAAAGAGUUUAACGAUUGCAGAAGUGUGAGGAGUUAUACGUCAGCAUCUACGAUUGCACCAGAAGUAAUUAAAAUGAAGAUGAAAUCUGCAUUGGAAAAGAGAAAUACGAAAAAUUCUUCUCGAAGAGCACUCGUGCGAGGCGAAGCCAGCGCAACUGCCAGAAGUCGAAGAGAAAAUCGAGAUAAUAUAAAACAGUCGACAGGAAUUUGGGGCUGGGAGUGAAUCAUAGGUUGUUUGUAUGUAUUACAAACUCACGUUAUUCAAUUUAAUUUAGCAAUAAAAUAAUUAUUUACUGAUA